UAUCAGGUUUAUCAGUGAACGCCGGGACAAACAGCUACAUUGGACGCUGUUGCAGAAAAAGGCAUUAUUGCGAAGUAGGGUGGGGAAGAUUUCACAGGUCCCAUUGACUUGACAGAGGCAUAUAGCCCGGCCUGUUGUAAGCAUUACUAUUUGAAAACAAAGUUCCCAAUCUAAUUUUUGUUGCAACGAUAUGUGGACUUCUAAACGUGCAAGCUAUUCUUUAACUCGGCUCUACUGCUGUGCGUCACCCAAACAGUUGUCGUCUUCCUCAGGCCCGAAAAUGGACUACAACGCCUUCCUCUCAGAGGUGUCCAAACGUAGGGAGCCAUCAGCUCUGAGGGAGUUAACUAAAAUCGUUUUCGCUGCACCGAAAGAAACAAUUUCUUUCUCAACUGGAAUGCCAAAUCCUUCCUCAUUUCCCUUUGCAGAGAUCAAAGUGUCAUUAAAAAAUGGGGAGGAAUUUUCAGUAAAUGGGAAAGAAUUAGAGAGUGCACUGCAGUAUCUACCAACAACAGGUUACAAAGAUUUUAUUGGGCUCCUCCAAAACUUUCAAGAUAAGGCACAUGGACCACAGGACUGGAAUACAAGGAGCAUCAUAGUAUCAUCAGGAAGCAUGGAUGGCAUUUCAAGAGCUGUGGACAUGCUCAUAAAUAGAGGUGAUCCCUUAGUUAUGCAACACCCAUUGUAUAGUGGAGUAGAAACUUUGCUCAAGCCCUAUGGGCCAAAGUACAUUCUCGCUGAACAAGACCAGGAUGGAGUCAACCCUGAAUGGUUAAGAAGUGCUCUAGAAAAUUACAAGAAAACAGGGGGGAAAAUGCCAAAGGUAAUGUAUCUGAAUCCAACAGGAGCAAACCCAACAGGAACAACACUGACAACUGAACGCAAAAAACAGCUUUACAAGCUGGCACAAGAAUAUGACAUGAUUAUUUUGGAAGACGAUGCAUACUAUCAGUUGCAUUUCUUAGAGGCCACCCCAGUAAGUUUACUAUCAUUGGACACUGAUGGCAGAGUCAUACGAUUUGACUCAUUUUCAAAAGUAUUGAGUUCUGGGCUUCGUUUGGGUGUGGUGACAGGACCACAAAGUCUGCUCCGCCAAAUUGAACUGCACAUGCAAUCAACUACCCUACAAACUUCCUCUCUGUCACAAGUACUAGCACACCAGCUAUUACAAAGAUGGGGCGACAACAAAUUACAGCAACACUACAAGAAUGUGCGUGAAUUCUACAAGGAGCGCAGGGACGCCAUGUUGGAAGCAGCUAAUAAAUACUUAAAAGGUCUGGCUGAAUGGAACGUCCCAACAGGGGGAAUGUUCUUGUGGAUAAAAUGCAAUGGAGUGACUGACACUAAUGAAAUGGUCAUGACACGAGGAUUAGGAAAGCAAAUCAUCCUUGUGCCUGGACGGUGUUUCGAUGUUGAUCCCUCUAAACCCAGUCCUUAUAUCAGAGCAGCGUUCAGUUUAGCAACAAAGGAUGAUAUCGAUCUGGGAAUGAUGAGACUGCGCGAUUUGAUCAAGGAAGAACAAGCUCUUUCGAAGUAGUACCUCAGAAAAAUUUCUGGGUCACUUUCAAACCUACAAUCAUUAAUUAAGUAUGAAGAAUGUUAAAUUCUUCCAGAAAAAAGUAUAAAAAUAACAGUAUUGGUCUCUAUUGCAAAUCUUAUCACUGUAUAUUUUGAAUAACAAAUGUUACCUUGAUUUAAA